AUCCAAUCACUUCGUAUAAAUAUCAACUUUUCAAUAAUUUUCAAGCUUUUAUGAACUGCAGCCGUCUUCCUCCUCAGAACUAAGCCCCAAAUCCCAAUCCCCAGCAAAUCGAAAAUGGUGAAGAAUGGUCGCCAAGGAGAGCGCGUCAGGCUCUAUGUCAGAGGAUCAAUUCUUGGAUACAAGAGGUCGAAAUCAAACCAAUACCCAAACACUUCAUUGAUUCAAAUAGAGGGAGUCAACACUCAAGAAGAAGUUGCCUGGUACUUAGGAAAGAAAUUGGCCUACAUUUACAAGGCUCACACUAAGAAGAAUGGUUCGCAUUACCGCUGCAUUUGGGGAAAGGUUUGUAGGCCUCAUGGUAACAGUGGUGUUGUUCGUGCCAAGUUCAAGUCCAACCUUCCUCCUAAGUCUAUGGGCGACAAAGUUAGAGUCUUUAUGUACCCUAGCAACAUCUAAGAAGCGAGCUAUGCAGAUGGUGAAUUAAUGAACUAGCUACACCCUAGAGUUCCAAGAGACUCAAUUUUCUUUAUUUAUCUAGCUUGUAGUGAGAUAACUCGAUGGUCAUUUUUGGUGUAGGAUGUAUUGAAGAUUUCUUGGUUCUAAUACCUGAAUUUUUGGAAUUAAUUUCACAAGUCGAAGUAUACUUAUCGUUGCUUGA